CGUAUAGGUAUCACACGCUCCCGUUUCUCGAUGGCUGCGUGGAAGUUACGGGAUGCGUCGCUUUAUCUCAACAACGAUGUAGGCGAAGUCGGAAAUUUUACGGUCGUUUAUUAGUGAAAAGAGAGAAAAAUAAUCUUUAAAAGUUGUUGUUUUGUCCACUUUCUGGUGGCAAAUAUAACACACAGAGUUUUUACCAAACGAACAUUAUGAACUUGAACACUCGUCAUUUAUGACAACAAAUUAUAAUGUAGAUUAUUUAUAAUAAAAAAGUUUUUAAAAAGACGGUUGUAGUUCGAAUCGUCCCUGCAAAUGAAGUGGGUCAUUUAGGCCAGGUAAUUGUGAAAGAAGCUAAUUAAUAGAGUGAUGAAGUCGGUGCACCUUGUAUUUAUAUAUCUCGUCGCUUUUGCCAGCGUCUCGACAGCCACCAAAGCAGAAUGGCUCUCGGAAUGGACGGUGGUGCGAGGUCAAGCCGAAUUGCCAUGUAUCGUCCCCAUGCCCAUGGACAAGACAGACAAGCCACUCUUGGUGCUGUGGUACAAGGAGAGCCAGGCCACCGUGCCCAUUUACAGCUACGACACCCGCAGCGGGCCGUUCGACCAGGGCGUGCGGUGGGCGGACACUGGCUACCUGGGCACGCGGGCGUUCUUCAGGAUCUUGUCCGACCCGCCCACGCUGGUGGUGGAGGACGUGAAAGUAGCAGACCAGGCCGUGUACACUUGCCGGGUCGAUUAUAAGAUACGACCUUCGGCAAUCACCAAGGUCAACCUCACUGUUAUAGUGCCCCCUGGCCCCCCACUCAUCCUGAACUCCUCGGGGCACCAGCUGCAGGAGGAGGUCGGGCCGCUGGAGGAGGGGCGCCACACACAGCUCACGUGUCGGUCUGCGGGCGGCUCCCCCACGCCCACACUCACCUGGUGGCGUGACGGGGAGAGACUCAACCAGGUCGGUCGCUUCAACGGGCUAAGCGUCGAGAGCCGGAUCAGCCUGGAGGCGACCCGCAACCUGCACGGCGCCACACUCACCUGCCAAGCGCUCAACAACAACAUCACUGAACCGUCGUCUACUUCCAUCACCAUCAAAGUCAUGCUACGCCCGAUCUCCGUGGAAAUCGUGGGCGGCGUCGGCACCCUUUCCUCCGGCCGCCCCGUCGAGCUGGUCUGUCGCGCCGUUGGGUCGAGGCCGCCCGCGCACAUCACGUGGAUUAAGGGCAACAAACAGGUCACCGAAGUCAGGCAUACGGUGAUGAACGGCGGGAACGUAACGACUGGCUCGAUCAUCCUGGUUCCCUCGCGGACGGACGACGGGAAGCGGCUGACCUGUCGUGCUUCCAACCCCGACAUUCCUCACUCGGUCUUGGAAGAUUCGGUCACCUUGGCUGUGCUGUACAAGCCCGAGGUGGAGCUGGCACUCGGCCCGGCACUCGACCCCGAUGCCAUCAAGCAAGGCGAUGAUGUCUACUUCGAGUGCACGAUCCACGCCAACCCCGAAGUGCACCGCGUCUCCUGGUUCCAUAAUGGUGAGCUGCUGGAGACGAACAGGAGCGCCGGACUGCUUAUCUCAGGGACAAGUUUGGUGUUGCAGAAGGUGAGGCGCGAGCGAGCUGGCGUCUACACCUGCGCGGCUCAUAACUCCGAAGGGCAGGGCUCCAGCAAUGCCGUCUCCUUAAACAUUAUGUUCGCGCCCGUGUGCAGCACCCCGAGCAGGCGAACCCAGGGCGUGGCGCGCAUGGAGAGCGCCAAAGUGGUGUGUCAGGUAGAAGCCUACCCGCCGCAGGUGAACUUCACGUGGCGCUUCAACGGGUCGACGGAGGGGGGAGAGGCCGUGCCCCUGCAGGCCAUCCGCAACAAGGGCACCUCGUCCAUGCUCAACUACACGGCUUCGCUCGAGCAGGACUACGGGACGCUGCUCUGCUGGGCCACCAACCUGAUCGGCGUGCAGCGGGAGCCCUGUGUCAUCCACCUUAUUCCUGCAGGCCCACCAGACGCCCCCCGCAACUGCUCCAUCGCCAACCAGACGAGCGAGGCGCUGGUGGUGGAGUGCAGCCCCGGGUUCGACGGCGGCCUCCCCCAGCACUUCCAGAUGGAGGCCUGGGACGAGAACACGCUCCUCUCCAACACGUCCAGGCUUUGUUGGUCCUGCGUUUGUCUAUCAACGAAACAGUUACGCUCCCGAGUUCGUGGUUCGUGGGUUGGAAGCCGGGAUGGGGGUCACGCUCAAGGUCAGAGCCUCUAACAACCGAGGUCAAAGUGCAACAGUGACCCUUGAGGCCGACAUUAUGAAGGUCGCUGAGAAGAGAAUGGGCCCUCCGGAGGAAGUGUUGGUCCCGCCGGUCGUGGGCGCCGUUGUGGGCGGUGUGGGCGCGGUCCUGGUGCUGGUCGUGGCCGGCCUGGUCCUCACCCACUACGCCCACCGCGCGCGCCCACAGAACCGGCGGCAAAAGAG